AUGUUUCAGUAUUUUAUUUUAAUAUUCAAUAUUUUGGGCGUAAUUUUGUCAGAAGAAGAUCAAGUUUAUAAAAGUCAUCUGAAAGUUUCAACGCGGCUAGACUUGUCGGGAUCAUUGAAGCAUCUUUGUGCUGGAGAUGAUCAAAAUGAUGACGAUCAAGUGGUCUCCUGUGCUUGUCUCAGUAAAUUGUCAGUUGUAUCGACCGUCCAAGUGGGAAAGUACCAAAAUGUCUACCAUCACAACGAGAGCAAUCAAAAUGGCGUAAACGCUUACGCGUCGCUUUACCAAACUGAAGAAAAUUUGAAAGUUUUAGGCUUCGGACGCUUCAAUUUACAUAAUGUUAAAUGCGUAGAAAAUAAUGAGGUUAAAGAUGUUGAGAGUCGGUACACUCAUUGGUUCCACGUUUAUUCUACUUGGUCAAGUUUACCUCCAUAUAAUAAAUUUUUUGAUUACGAGGACUAUGCGGCCGAUGUUCUAUUGCCAAUAACGAUUGUGGAUAUUACUCUUGAUAAUGCACCUAAAUUUAAAAAUUAA